AUGGCGCAUCCUCAAACUAAAUCUGCGGCUGCCAUUACUCUACAAGAGCUUUACCCUUCUUCUCCGUUUUACAAGGAAGCCGCUUCAAUCAGAGUCACAGGAAUGCUGAGAGGAUAUUCAGUUGAAACAGGUAUUGGUGUUAUUGAAGAUGGAAACAAAAGUCUCAGAAUCGGCACUCAACACUUGAAAGAUCUUAGUCUACGAGUUGGCUCAGUCUACCAAUUCAUUGGAGAGCUCCACAUUGAGCCCAAUCAUGAGGCGAUCUUGCAGGCUCGAACAGGGAGAAAUGUGGAUGGAAUCGAUAUGAAUCUCUACCGUAAAACAAUUGGACUCCUGAGGCAGUUUCUUGAAGCUGGAAACAAGAAGAACGUGGUUAAUUUAGACUAA